AUGCCACCAUAUAGAUUCCUACUGUCGCUGGUGCUCGCCAGCAGCCAUGUUGUGGUCAACGCGGCGGACCCAUCGCCAGUAGAGGACUACGAUGUCUUGCAAUACACCGAUCCCUUGAUCGGCAGCGCCAACGGAGGAAAUGUCUUCCCAGGCGCUACAUUACCAUAUGGCAUGGCCAAAGCCGUGGCAGACACAGACUCUGAAAGCAACCAAGGCGGCUUCGCCUUUGAGGGCGGAAAUGUAACCGGUUUCUCAAGCAUGCACGACUCAGGCACUGGAGGAAGUCCCUCGCUGGGAAAUUUCCCGCUAUUCCCGUACGCAAACUGUGCCGACGACGACGUGAACGGAUGUGUGUAUCCGAAAAAGCAGCGCAAGAUCAAGUACAAGCCCGAAUCGGUGCAGGCGCAUCCGGGAUACUUUGCUAUUGAGCUUGGGUCUGGAGUUCGUGUUGACAUGACUGCUGCGCAGCAUACGUCGUUGUUUCGGUUCCAGUUUCCGAAUGGGAGUAGUCCGUUGAUUUUGCUUGAUCUUACCGAUUUGUCGGACUCGAGGCAGGAUAAUGCGACUAUUUAUGUGGAUGAAGCUACUGGUCGGAUGACUGGUGAUGCGCGGUUUGCGCCUAGUUUUGGGAGUGGUUCUUACACCCUCUAUUUCUGUGCUGACUUUGAGAGUCCAGCUUCGAAGCGGGAUAGUGGGAUCUUUGUCAAUUCUCGUGCUAGUGCUGAUGUUCACGAUUUGAAGAUUUCAAGGUCUAUCAAUGGGUAUCCUCUUCCAGGUGGAGGAUUCGUGCGCUUCAAGUCUGCCCCCGACAAUACUAUUCUGGGGCGGGUUGGAGUCAGCUUCGUAAGCUCCAAACAGGCUUGCUCACACGCUGAGACCGAGAUCAAGGAUUUCAACUUCAAUACCACCCAUCAAGCAGCUAUUGAUCAAUGGACGGAGAAAAUGCGUCCUAUUCGCGUGUCCCGGACUGGAAUUGACGACUCUGUCCUCACAAACUUCUUCAGUGGCGUAUAUCGCACAAUGGUUAAUCCUCAAGACUACACAGGAGAGAGCGUGCUCUGGUCUAGCACGGAGCCGUAUUUCGAUAGUUUCUACUGUCUAUGGGAUUCAUUCAGAUCCCAAAUCCCAUUCCUGACCAUCUUUGAUCCUAACACUGUGAUCAGAAUUGUGCGUUCACUUAUUGAUACACAGCGCCAUCUUGGCUGGCUGCCAGACUGCCGCAUGUCUCUUUGUAAAGGAUUCACCCAAGGCGGCUCAAACGCAGACAACAUUCUAGCAGACGUCUACCUCAAAGGUCUUCGUGAGGGCAUAGACUGGGAAGCCGGGUACGCAGCCGUGCAGAAAGACGCCGAAGAAGAACCAUACGACUGGUCAAGCGAAGGCCGUGGCGGUCUACGCAGUUGGAAGAACCUCCACUACAUUCCAGUCGAAGACUUCGACUACGAAGGAUUCGGUACGAUGACCCGUAGUAUCUCACGCACACUCGAGUACGCAUACAACGACUUUGCCAUUGCACAAAUGGCGCGCGGUCUCAAUAAGACAGCCGAUGCAGAGCGGUACGAGAAACGAUCUCGUAAUUGGCAAAACCUCUUCAAGAAAGAUCAGACGUCUCACUGGAAGGGCAAAGAUACCGGCUUCACGGGAUUCUUCCAGCCGAAAUACCCAAAUGGGACCUGGGGAUAUCAAGACCCGCUCGCAUGCUCGAACAUCGACAUGAGUGGCCAUGCAUGCUCAUUACAGAAUACAGCCGGGGAGACCUUCGAAUCGAGUAUCUGGGAAUAUCAAUUCUUCGUCCCACACGACAUGUCAACCCUAAUCACAACCCUCGGCGGCGCCGACAACUUCACCAAAAGACUCGACCACCUCCAUGACCAAAACAUAACAUAUAUAGGCAACGAACCGGCCUUCCUAACGGUCUUCCAAUACCACUACGCCGGCCGACCGGCAAAAUCAACCGCCCGCGUGCGAACCUACAUCCCGGACUAUUUCUCGCCGGCCCCAGCAGGCCUCCCCGGGAACGACGACUCAGGCGCAAUGGGAUCAUUCGUCGCGAUGGCCAUGAUGGGUCUAUUCCCGAACCCCGGACAGAGCGUUUACUUGCUUACCGUACCGUUUUUCGAGGCUGUUAGUAUUGUUAGUCCUAUCACGGGCAAGACAGCGACACUUAAGGUUGUUAAUUGGGCUCAGUUUAAUACUGUGAAUGGGACUUUGGUGAGUGGUGGGCUUGGUGGGAGUGGAUUCAUCCAGAGUGCUACGCUUGAUGGGGAGGUUUAUACUAAGAACUGGGUUGGUCAUGACUUUUUUACCGAGGGCCGGGAUUUGGUACUUGUUCUUGGGGCUGAAGAGGGGGUGUGGGGGACUAUGGAGGCGGAUUUGCCGCCAUCGUUGGCGCCGGAGGUUGAGGGGAGUGAUCGGGUUGUUGGGGAGAGUGUUAGGAGGUGGGAGGGCAUUGUGGAUGAUGAUGAUGGAGUGUCGGGUAGUGAAUCUGUCGGCGGUGAGCUGGGAAAGCAUUCGCAUUUUGAGAGACAUGCUCGUCUUGCUAGGGUUGGGCAUGGGAAAGAGGGAUUCGGGGGUUGA